AUGUCUGCUUUGUUGAAAGAAACUUUUGCCAGAUGCAAGAAAGAGGGUAGAAACGCCUUGGUGAACUUUAUCACGGCCGGUUACCCCUCUGUGGAAGAUACUAUUCCCAUCUUGAAGGGAAUGCAAAAGGGUGGUGUAGACAUCAUUGAAUUGGGUGUUCCUUUCUCCGACCCAAUUGCUGAUGGCCCUACUAUCCAGGCUGCUAACACGCAGGCUUUGGAGAACGGCAUGACUGUUCCAAAGUGUUUGGAGAUGGUUGCGCAAGCCAGAAAGGAAGGUGUCACCGUUCCAAUCAUCUUGAUGGGAUACUACAACCCUAUCAUGAAGUACGGCGAGGAAAAGAUGGUUGAGGAUUCUGCUAGAGCCGGUGCCAAUGGUUACAUUGUGGUUGAUUUGCCUCCAGAAGAAGCUGUCAAGUUCAGAACCACCUGCUCCAAGUACGGUAUGAGUUACGUUCCUUUGGUUGCACCAGCUACUAGCGAUGCUCGUUUGGAAGUUUUGGGUGGCAUUGCCGACUCUUUCAUCUAUGUGGUCUCUCGUAUGGGUACCACUGGUGCCGCUCAGGAAGUUUCUCUGAGUAUCUCGGAGUUGUGCAACCGUGUGAAGAAGUUCUCUGGCGACACUCCUUUGGCUGUUGGUUUCGGUGUCAGUACUAGAGAGCACUUCUUGACUGUUGGUGCAGCAGCCGACGGUGUUGUUAUUGGAUCCAAGAUCAUCACCCUUUUGGGAAGCUCCAAGCCAGGUGAGAGAGGUGAGAUCGCAUACAAGUAUGUUCGCUCCAUCUUGGGCGAGGACUACAACGGAACUGCUCCAGCGGACUUCAAGCCUUACAGCGCUCCAACGGACAUCAAUGCCCCAAAGCCACUUUUGGAGGAAGAUCACAAAUACAACCCCAGAUUCGGUGAUUUUGGUGGCCAGUACGUUCCUGAGGCCUUGCACACUUGUUUGGCUGAGUUAGAGAGAGGUUUUGAGACUGCUGUUGCUGAUCCAGGAUUCUGGGAAGAGUUCAGAUCUUUAUAUUCCUACAUUGGUAGACCAUCGAGUCUACACAAGGCUGACAGAUUGACUGAGCACGCUGGUGGUGCUCAAAUCUGGUUGAAGAGAGAGGACCUUAACCACACUGGAUCUCACAAGAUCAACAACGCUUUGGCUCAAGUGCUUAUUGCCAAGAGAUUGGGUAAGAAGAGAAUUAUCGCUGAGACUGGUGCCGGUCAGCACGGUGUCGCUACCGCAACUGCUUGUGCAAAGUUCGGUUUGGAAUGUUGUGUUUUCAUGGGUGCUGAGGAUGUGAAGCGUCAAGCUCUUAACGUUUUCAGAAUGCGUAUUUUGGGAGCCAAGUGCGUGGCUGUUACCAACGGUACACAGACCCUCAGAGACGCCACCUCAGAAGCUUUCAGAUACUGGGUUUCCAACUUGGAAUCCACUCACUACGUCGUUGGUUCUGCCAUUGGUCCCCACCCAUACCCUACCCUUGUUAGAACUUUCCAGAGUGUGAUUGGUAGAGAGGCCAAGGAACAAUUCAAGGAGUUGAACGAGGGCCGCUUGCCUGAUGCCGUUGUUGCCUGUGUUGGUGGUGGCUCUAAUGCAACUGGUAUGUUUUCUCCAUUUGAGCACGACACCUCCGUGAGGAUGUUGGGUGUCGAAGCUGGUGGUGAUGGUUUGGACACUGAGCGUCACUCUGCCACCUUGACAGCCGGUAUUCCAGGUGUCUUCCACGGUGUCAGAACCUACGUUUUGCAGGACUCUGACGGACAAGUUCACGACACUCAUUCCGUGUCUGCUGGUUUGGACUACCCCGGUGUUGGCCCUGAGUUGGCUUACUGGAAGAACUCUGGUCGUGCUGACUUUGUUGCCGCCACCGAUGCCCAGGCUUUGGAAGGUUUCAGAUUGUUGUCACAACUUGAGGGUAUCAUCCCUGCUUUGGAGUCUUCUCAUGCUGUCUACGGUGCUGUCCAGCUCGCAAAGACGAUGUCUAAGGAUCAGCACAUCAUCAUUAACGUCUCCGGUAGAGGUGAUAAGGACGUCCAGAGUGUGGCAAAGGCUUUGCCUGAAUUGGGUGAGAAGAUUGGCUGGGACUUGAGAUUCGAGGACGACCCAUCUAAGUAA